AUGCGAUCCUUCACACCCCUUCUGCUCAGCCUUUUGGGCGCCUCAGCGGCCGUUUCGGCCUCAGAGCCUGCCGCCGCCGCCGAGGCCGCGGCGGACUCCAACGUCCACGUCUUGACCGCUGAGAACUUCAAUGACUUUGUCAAGGAGCACGAGCUGGUUCUCGCUGAAUUCUACGCCCCCUGGUGCGGUCACUGCAAGGCCCUCGCCCCCAAGUACGAGGAGGCCGCCACCGAGCUGAAGAGCAAGAACAUCCCCCUGGCUAAGAUCGAUUGUACCGCCGAGGAGGAGCUUUGCCGCACCUACGAGGUCGACGGUUACCCAACCCUCAAGGUCUUCCGUGGCCCCGACUCCCACAAGCCCUACUCUGGUGCCCGCCAGACUGACUCGAUCGUCUCUUACAUGACCAAGCAGUCGAUGCCCGCCAUCUCCAUGUUGACCGAGGAGACCCUGGAGGACUUCAAGACCAUGGACAAGAUUGUCAUCGUUGGUUACCUCGGUGCCGAUGACAAGGCCACCAACAAGAGCUUCACCACCUUUGCCGAGUCUCAGCGCGACAACUACCUCUUCGGUGCCUCCAACGACGCCGCCUUGGCCAAGGCUGAGGGUGUCAAGCAGCCCUCCAUCGUUCUCUACAAGGACUUUGACGAGAAGAAGGCCGUCUACGAUGGCAAGCAGGAUCUCGAGUCCAUCCUCUCCUGGGUCACCAUCGCCAGCACUCCCCUCGUUGGCGAGCUCGGCCCCGAGACCUACUCUAAGUACAUGGCCGCCGGUAUCCCCCUUGCCUACAUCUUCGCCGAGACCGCCGAGGAGCGUGAGAAGUACGCCGAGGAGUUCCGCCCCAUUGCGGAGAAGCACCGCGGGGAGAUCAACAUUGUGACUCUCGACGCCAAGGCUUUCGGUGCCCACGCCGGCAACCUGAACCUCGAGCCCGAGAAGUUCCCCGCCUUUGCCAUCCAGGAGACCGACAAGAACGCCAAGUACCCCUACGACCAGACCAAGAAGAUCGAUGCCAAGGAGAUUGGCAAGUUCAUCAAGGACGUCCUGGCCGGCAAGGUUGACCCCAGCAUCAAGUCAGAGCCCAUCCCCGAGGGCAAGGACGGCUCCGUCACCAUCAUCGUGGGCAAGAACUACGAGGAGGUGGUCAUGGACAACGACAAGGACGUUCUCGUCGAGUUCUACGCCCCCUGGUGCGGUCACUGCAAGGCUCUGGCCCCCAAGUAUGAGGAGCUCGCUGCCCUGUACGUCAACAACGACGAGCUCAAGGACAAGGUCGUUGUGGCCAAGGUGGACGCCACCGCCAACGAUGUCCCCGACUCCAUCACCGGCUUCCCCACCAUCAAGCUCUUCCCUGCUGGCAAGAAGGAGGAGGCUGUUGAGUACGCCGGUGACCGCACCGUCGAGGACCUGGUCAAGUUCAUCAAGGAGAACGGCAAGUACCAGGCUGACGGUCUCGCCGGUGGUAAGAAGGCGUCCGAGGGUGGCGAUGUCACUGCCGCUCCCUCGGCCACCGCCACUGAGGCCGCCGAGACUCCCGCGGCUGUCGAGGACAUGGAUGUUCACGAUGAGCUGUAA